CAACAAUGACGGUGCUCUGGUUUGUGAAGGCUUUGGCUCUUUCUGUCAUGCUACUGAACCAGGUUGAAAGCAGAAAGAACAGCAAUCAAAGAGAUGAGACACAACUCCUCCACCAAACUAAAACCCUGAUCUGCCCGAUGGAGAUCAUGUUUAUUGUUGACAGCUCAGAGAAAACCACAGCUCAGCUGUUUGACCAACAGAAGGAGUUCAUCCAGYGCUUCAGCAACAAGCUCAUGCAGCUCCACCAUGUCGGCUGGUUUYUACGCCUGCGCCUGUCCGCUCUGCAGUACAGCAGCAACGUCUCAGUGGAGCACAGCUUUAAAGACUGGCAGCACCUGGAGCUUUUCCRCAGCCGGGUGGCCUCCAUGGAUUUUAUCGGCCACGGCACCUACUCUGCCUACGCCAUCACCAAUUCCACUAAGCUGUUCAGACAAGAGACGUCCUCCAGCAGCCUGAGGGUGGCGCUGCUGAUGACGGACGGAAGUGACCACCCGCUCAGCCCGAGUGCUGUGACGGCAGCUGCGGAGGCCAAACGGCACAAUGUCAGGGUGUUCGUCAUCAUGCUGCCUGCAACACCUGAACAGGGAGCCCUGAGGACAAAGCUGCGAUCCAUCGCCAGCUCCCCCCCACACCAGCACGUCCUCAGCCUGACUGACAGCCAGCUGGAUGACAGACUCCUCAGUCAGCUG